GUCAGGAUUGUUGAGAACGGAGUUGCAUGGUCCUAAGGUUUGCAAGCCAGAGGGCCCGCCGUCAGAAACGACGCUGCGGAUCGAAAGGAAGUUGCUGUCCGCAGACAAGAUGAUGGUGCAGCUGCAGAUCGUAGAUGAGGAGGUGAAGGAUGUGUCGCAAUGCAUUUACUGCAGGACUGCAGCAACCUCGACGACAGGGCCGUCGCCUGUGUCAUUCCUUCGUGUGCACGGGCGGCCACUGAAAACACUUGAGGAUCGUUUGACUGUGCUGGAUAAGGUCGGCCAGUUGGUUGCCGACAGCUGCGAGGAAAUCAGCCAGGCGCAGGCAACGGAUCGGGUUGUGCCUGAGAAGUUUCAUGGUUCUGCAAAGAUGAUCUUGGGGGGCAUUGCUUUCUACAAGAGCUUGCUGCCGGAGUGGGUGAAGCCGGAGCCUGUGGAAGACCUCGUCCCAGUUCCGUUGAAAGCAGGUGUGGAGGCGGAGUGGGCGAUAUACAAUGAGCCCAAAGGGGUUUGUGUCAACAUCACGCCCUGGAAUGCCCCGGCCACCAUCAGUUUGGCCAAUGCUAUUUCAAUGCUGGCGGCUGGGAAUCAUGUUGUUAUCAAACCCCCGGAGCUGGUUCCUACUGUUUCGGCAGUCCUGCGGCGUCUCUGUCAAAGGUACCUGAGUGGCUAUGUGUGGGUCGAGGAGGGCGGAAAGGAGGUUGUCGAAAGGCUCAUUGAUGAAGGAGCUGAUCAUGUGUCCUUCACCGGCGGCGGCGAGAUUGCCAAGAUCGUGGCUGCUCGCUGUGGCCAGAUGUUGACCCCGAUGACUCUGGAGCUUGGCGGGAAGAGUCCGGCAUUUGUAGAUGCUGGGUUGGACGAGGGCAUGCUGCGCAGCAUCGUCCAAGAAAUUUUGGAGACCAAG